CACAAUACCACGGUGGCAAGUAACAAUUUUUUGGGGAAACAAGUUAAAAACCUAGUGACCGCGAGUUUUUACUAAAAAAAGUGACAAAGUGCGUGUACUUUCCCGUUUCGUGGCCGAUUUGUUCGUGUUUAGUGAUUGUUUGUGUCAAUUUGUAUUCAGUGAAGCCGAUGUCGGAAUCUUGUAGCUACGGUAUUGAAUCGUGAAGUUUUGUCUGAAAUUUAACAUACCUACCUAGAUGCUGCAGCCUCCUUUGCGUCGAAAUACCCGGAUAUAUGCCAUGCUACUUUAAUUUGAACUUUUACAAACGAUAAUAGUUACGACAUGGCGAUAAGAUGGCUUCCGAUUGUGCUAUGGGCAACUAUAUUUAUUCGACCAGGAUGUCCCAAAGGCCUGCCAGUAUUUGUCCAGGAUAUGGAUAACCUGCCGCUAUCAGAGAGCACGCCAGUCGGCGAGGUGGUGUACACUUUGCUGGGAACCGACCCUGAGGGGUUACCUAUUAAAUAUGGUCUAGUGGGAACAGAUAAAUUUUCUGUGAACACCAAAACUGGAGAGGUCACGCUUGUUCAACCGUUGGACAGAGAGAAAGAAGAUACAAUAAAGUUCCUAGUGGUAAUCGAGAGUCUGGACCCAGAUGCUGCGAUCAACCUGGUACAGACUCAGCCCGUUACCGUCAUCGUUCUAGAUGAGAACGACAAUCCGCCUAUAUUUAAAAAUAGUCCCUAUGAAGUAGAUGUGCCUGAAGACGAAGCAAUAGGCACAACAAUAUUACGGAAUAUAGAAGUAGAAGAUAAAGAUUCAGUCGGAGACAGUCUGGAAGUUGGAUGUAUUGUAAAUGAACAGUGGCCCGAUGUCUGCGAUUAUUUCGAAGUAGUGAGCCUGGAAUCGACAGCCAAUAAGUAUACAGGCGCUUUAGUGCUACGAAAACAGUUGGAUUAUAAUGAGAAGCAAUUCUAUCAGUUUCAAUUACAAGCUACGGAUGGAACACUAAAUUCCACAGCACAUGUUGAAAUAAAAGUAGUAGACGUCCAAAACAGUCCGCCAAUUUUCAGCGGAUCUCUAAGUGGCAGUCUCUCUGAAGAUGCAGCAGUUGGCAGUGUAGCGCUGGUCAUCAAAGCCAGAGAUGCGGAUAGAGCACAGCCCAGGGAUGUCAGACUUGAGCUGGUUACCAAUCCUCUUGACUUCUUUUGGCUUGACAGCAAAACUGGUGAAUUGAAAACAGCAAAGCCUCUAGACAGAGAAGCCUUAGCUGAUCCAUCGUCACCACUCAAUCUUACUGUUCGAGCAAGUGAAAUAGUAAACGGUGUGCCCAUAAUAUCAAACCUGACAUCCAGCCUAGCAACCGUCACCAUAACAAUCCGGGAUGUGAACGAUGAGCCUCCCCGCUUCAACAAGAGAGAGUACAGUGUGGAGAUACCGGAGAGCCUUCCUAUUGGUACUCCCCUGCCGAAUUUGGAUAUGGUGGUUACGGAUACUGAUGUGGGUCUAAACUCAGUAUUCAGUCUCCGUCUAUCAGACGAGCUUGGAGCAUUCAUAGUGGAACCCAGCACGGCCACGGGUAGCGCUACUGUAACAUUAAGACUGAAUUCUAGUCUGGAUUAUGAAGAUCAAAACCAGAGGAAGUUUAUUUUAGAGGUGAUAGCAGAAGAGCUGCACACAUCCCCUCGUCUUUCCUCCAAGGCCAGUGUCACGAUAUCUCUGUGGGACGUGAACGACAACGCGCCGCAGUUCGUGGAGCAGGCGCACGCGGGCAGUGUGCCGGAGGCGGGCGGCGCGGGCGCACGCGUGCUCGCCAUACGCGCUACGGAUAGAGAUACCGGACGGUUCGGUACAGAAGGCAUCGUAUACCAGCUGUCAGGCAAUGGGGCAGAUCUAUUCCACGUUGACAAUAGAAGUGGGGUGAUUUCUGUUGCCCCUUGCCCCACGCCGGGCACGCCCCCGUGCUUAGACUACGAAACAAGGAAGGACUAUUUCUUGCAAUACAAGGCGACAGACGAUGAUGGUGCUGGGCAAAUGAGCGUAGUAUCGCUUCACAUCUCAGUGACGGACUCCAAUGAUAACCCGCCGGCGUUCCUCACACCAGUGUAUCGAGCUUCUAUAGAUGAAGAUGCGUUAAAGUUCGAGCCUGAGUUACAAGUACAAGCCCGCGACCCGGACACGACGUCUGACAUCCGCUACUCCAUCACAGAUCCGCCAGACCAUCCGUUCUGGAUCGAUCCUGUGUCUGGUCGCAUCCUCGUCAGACCUAAUGCUACAGUGACUGCGGAGGAUAAUAGGAUCGUGCUGACUGUGCUUGCAACAGACGGAAUAUACAACGCGACCUGUAGAGUAGAGAUCACAAUUCGAGAUGUGAACAAUCACGCGCCGGCUUUCGACACGGAUCGGUAUGAAGCUGACAUCGCGGAAGAUGCUGUUAUUGGUACGGAAAUAGCAGUGGUCCACGCAACGGAUCUGGACAGCGGAGUGAACUCAGAAAUUAAAUACAACAUACAGAAGGGCGCGUUAGAUGCGUUCUCUAUAGAUAGUGUGUCCGGGGUCGUUAGUGUUGCGGCUAAACUGGACUAUGAUAAACGGAACACGUACAGGAUACAAGUUGUUGCUACUGAUUCCGGUAUCCCCAGCCUCACCGGCACAACCGAACUAACAGUCCACGUGAUCAACGUAAACGACAAACUCCCCAACUUCACGCCGCCCAUCCAACGCGCGGAAGUUUCCGCCGACGCAGCACCCGGCACCAUUGUGCAUAACUUGAUAGCUGUGGACCCGGAUAUCAGUGAUAAUGGGAUGCUGGUCUUUGGGAUGGAAGCUGGGGUGAAAGCGGUUGAUAAGAAUGGGAAAGAGGUGACAAACGAAGGCACCCUGAGGUCCUGGUUCAAGGUCCUCUCCAACGGCAGCGUGGUGGUGGACCGGCAGCUCGACAGAGAAGUGGCUGCUGUGGUCACUGUGCCUGUUGUUGUUACUGAUGCGUCUGCGCCUAACUUGCAGAGGACUGAGGGAGAGCUAAUAAUCAACAUAGUAGACGUGAACCGUCAUGCCCCCGUGUUCACACAGCCCUCGUACUUGGAACGAGUGCCUGAAGAGCAGCCAAUCGGAACUGUUCUAGCGACUUAUACCGCUACGGACAGUGAAACACCGAUAUCGGCGAUUGUUAUACACCCCCCUAGCCCGUACUUUGAGAUUGAUAAUGUUACCGGCAUCGUAAAAAUAAUCAAACGAAUCGACUACGAAUCAACCCAUUCCAUAAACUUCACGCUCAUCGCUAUGGACUCCGGUGUGCCCCAAUUGUCCACAUCAGCGGGGGUGUUGGUCCAAGUGGUCAAUGUGAAUGAUGAGGAGCCUGUGUUCUCAAGGGAGCAGUACGAGGGCAGUGUGUAUGAACAUGCACCUGUUGGUAGUACUGUGCUCACUGUGCACGCUGACGAUGGGGAUGAGGGAGAAUACGGAGAAGUACGCUACUCACUAACCGGUGAUCAGUCCCCACUGUUCACCAUUGACCCAUCAUCAGGGGUGAUCAGUGUGGCUGACAACAUAGACCGGGAGACUGUAGCAGAAGUGAGGUUACGAGUGGUCGCUACCGAUAAGGCCCCUGCACAUUUGAGCAAGAGUACUAGUGUGCCGUUGCAUAUAAAAAUCCUGGACAUAAACGACAACCCGCCGAUAUUCAGUCAGAAAGUAUACAAAAGUACAAUCGCCGAGAAUCUCCAAUUAAACCCACCGGCCGCCAUCUUGCAAGUGUUGGCGGAAGAUAAAGAUGAAGGGAUCAAUGGAAAAGUGACCUAUAAUAUUACGGAGCAGAGUGUACCAGGCACAUUCACAGUAGACCCAUCCUCGGGUAUAAUCUACCCAUCAAAACCCGUAAUGGGCGACAACACAUACACAUUGACCGUAACCGCGUCUGACGGUGACGGUCACGGGUCCACGGAUACAGCCCGCGUGGAUAUACACGUGGUUAGCGUGAACAGACAUACACCCGUGUUUGUGGCCCCGCCUUUGGAAACGAGAAGUGUGGAGAUUCCUGUGAACGCAGCACAAGCAGACUAUCUAGUAACAACUAUAAAAGCAGUCGACGCGGAUACAGGCGAAAAUGGCCGUGUGUCGUACUACCUUAAGGUCGAUAAUCGCAACGUGCUCGAGACGCAGGAGUUCAGUCUAGACCCUAAUAGUGGUCAAUUGAGGACUAAGACGUUCUUGGAUCGGGAUAUACAGCCUGAAUAUCAGUUAGUGAUAGCAGCAGUAGACAACGGAACCCCAGCCCAGUUUGAAAGCCUGCGCGUGCUCACGAUCAUACUCAUUGACAAUGAAGACCACGCGCCGGUGUUUCAAGAGCCUGUACAUAUGUUUACUGUGGCUGAAAACCUGCCCAGUGGCAUUAUUAUUGGCUCAGUAAAAGCAAUAGACAAGGAUUCAGGUGAAAAUGGUAGAAUAUUCUACCACGUGCUAGAAGGUAACCAAGAUGGCGCCUUCACGCUCGAUAGAACGCAAGGGAUCAUCAGAGCGAACGUCAGUUUUGAUAGAGAAAAACGCGACGAAUACUCAAUGACGAUAUACGCAAGCAACAACCCGAUACUUGAGCACGCAGCGGCCAUUUUGAAUUCCAUAGACAACUCCACAGAUAGCCAAGAUGGCAGCUUCACUGUGGUGAAGGUUAAAAUAUUAGAUGAGAAUGAUAAUGCGCCGAAAUUCGAAAAUAAUCUUUAUUAUGCUGGUGUAAAGCACACAGCACGAAUCAACGAGCCCAUAGCCACAGUGCUGGCCCUGGACCCGGACCUGGGCCCCAACGGCACGCUGCUGUACGCCAUAGCGGCCUCCAACCUGUACAAGUUCGGCGCGCAGGCCUCCAGCGGCAGUGUCGUGCCUUCGCCCUUCAACAUCACGCAGGACGGUAUACUAGUAACGGCGACAUUCAUGUCGGAGUACAACCAGGAUCGCUUCGUGUUAGACAUUAUCGCACAAGAGGAAGCACCUCCGCACCGACAGGCGAAGGCGCAGGUUUAUGUGUGGAUAAUCGACCGCAGCGCGUUACUGCGGCUGGUGGUGUCGCACGGGUGCGGCGGGCCGCUGGCGGGCGCGGCGCGGCGGCUGGGCGGCGCGGCGCACGCGCUGCUCGUGGCGGGCCGCCGCCUGCCGCUCGUGCAGGCCCGCCGGCAGGCCGACUGGUGCGAGAUCCACCUGCACGCAGUAGACCCGUCCACUUGGCAAGUGCUCCCAGUAGACCGGGUGCUGGAGAACAUCGACUCGAAGUACGACGAGCUGAAGGACGUGUACCAGCAGUACGGGGUCGAGACCCUGGUCGCUGCCAGUGCUGCUUCCAAAGUACCGGACAGUUUCGACCCCGCUCUGGCGACAUUAAUAGCACUAUUAAUAGUGCUCUUCACGGGAAUUGUUACAUUUGUAGUGGUGUGCGCCUGCCUCAAACACUGGGUAAUCCCCCCACCAUCGCUCCAAUCAAGCAAAGGCGACAGUCUUGCCCGGCGACGAAUUCUCGAAGAACUCAGUACUACAGAGAACCCAUUGUGGUUAGAAGCCAAGUUACGGCCGUAUGAGGAACAAGAACUGACCAUGAACGUGUUCGCUGACCAGCAAGAGGCGCAGGACCAGCCUACGGUAGACAACACGUACGCGACGAUAGCGUGCGGGCGCGAGCGGCUCGGCGACUACGCGACGCUCGGCCGCCACUCGCCCGACGCGCACGAAACCGCUAUGGGCUUCCAGGGUAGCACAUUCAAACCCCCAACAGCGAACACCCCGGAGCCCCCGCCGCGCCCCGCGGGGUUGGGACCCCUAUAAAUUUUUACAUCUAGAUAUUAAAGUAGAUAAAUUUAUUG